AGCGUUCUUGACCGGGUUCGUGGUUUCCUUCUGCUCUCCCCUGCCUCUCUGCCUCCUGUCUCGUCCCACUUCCCCCCGCCUGCGCCUCUUCGCCUUGCUCUCGUCCGCCAUCCAGCCGCCAUUGUCGCUCGUUCUCGUUGUUCAUCGGUCAUCAGCGGCUCGCUUGUUGUCUGCUUACCCCGUCGUCGGCUUGUUUCGGCAUGGCUCCUCGCACUGCUGCUGUUGCGUUUGGUUAGGGGAUGCUGCAUCUACUUGUGCGUGUUCUUCUUCCUUCUUUCUGAGGUCUUCCUCUGUGACGUUUGGCUGCGUGGUUGCCUGGUUUUCUCGCCCACCGGUUCGCCAGAUUUGUGCUGUGGGUCAGCUCACGUGACGCCUCUCGCUCCGUCUUCCAGCUUGGCAAGCACUAUGUUGUGUAUUUUCUCGUGCUCUUAGUCCCUUUGCUCGUGGUAUGGCUCCGCGUCGGGCUGUUCCCUCACGUUCUGUUGCUCCUUUGGGGAGGCCUCCUGCUUCGGGGCGUGCGGUUGCCCCGCGCAGGGCUGCUCGUGCUGCUGCUGCAUUGCCUGCUGUCCCGGCCAGCUCUGCCAUUCCCCUUGUUCGGAAGAGGAAGCGAGAUGGCUUCUUUCCUUUCCUAUCUUCUGUUGAGACUGCACGGAAUCGUAAGAGGUGCAAGUUCUUGUUGAAAAGACUACGCGCUCAUAACAAGGGUGAGCAUACCCUUGCGGCGCCUCUACAUCCUGAUUGGGUUGGGUUUUCUCCUGACGAAGUGGGCAUACUUAAAGCUUUUUAUCCAAAAAGGUCGUACUAUGGAGGUCCAGACUACCGAUGCAACCGCUGCCAGGCUAGCUUUUGGUGGCGCGAGAGGGUUAAGUCACAGUCUGCUAUCACCAAAAGACGAGUGGCCUACAACAACUGUUGUAAGGCUGGGAAGAUGUCGGGCCAGAGGAUGAGCCUUCUCUCCCAUAUCAAUGACAGAGAGAUGUUCUGGAAUGCUAAGGUUCUGGUGUCCCGCAUCUGGCACUACCGAGGUGGGACCAACGAAGGUGCCAUUAUGCAUACUGACAUUGUGGUGCUUGACAAAGAGGGAACCCACAUGUAUGGCCGGAUCCCUACUGAGCCAGCUAUCCGCCUGCAAGAUGUCUUGUGGGAAGGCAGUGUUUAUCUAAUGAAGAGGUUCAUGUGCAAACCAUCAAAGCCCACUUACAGGGCUGUUGACAGCCCAUUUAUGAUGCAGUUCACUCGCUUUACUAAUGUUGAUUCUGUGGUGGAUGAUGAAGAAGAUUUCCCAUACUGCACUUACAGCCUUAUGUCCUUCUCGGAUAUCCCAAUACCAGGCCCACACACUCCUCACUUUAUCGAUGUGAUUGGCCGAAUUAUUGUUGUCACAGACAUUGUUGUUGUACACUCACAGCAUCAAGCUGGUCCUUCAGAUACCAGGACUCUGGUUCUCCAGGACCAAAUAGGAAAUGAAAUCAGCCUUGUUCUCUGGGGUGCUCGAGCCCAUGAGUUCGAGGCAGAAGAGGUCUGUGCUGCAAGUGAAUCCACAGCUGUCAUUGCUAUCUUUGUAGGAACACUGCCAAAAGCAUACCGAGGUAUUAAAGGCCUGAGUGGUAGCUCUGCAUGCCGCUGGUACAUUGAUGAGGACCUGCCAGAGAUGAAUGCCUUUCGUGCUAGCCUUGCAGAAGGGCUUCCUGCCGUCACUGCUCACAUCCCAGGAGAACAAGCGAUUGUUCCAGCACCUGUUCGCGAACCUCCCAUUCAACUGAGUGUUCAGCAGCUGCUUGCCCUUGACCCAUUUGACAACUUGAAACAGUUUAUCGUCAAGGUUACUAUCACAGGCUUGGGCUCUGACAACCGCUGGUGGUUCCUCUCAUGCCGGAAAUGCCACAAAACAGCCUACACCUCCGGAAGGCAGUACUGUUGCUCAGACUAUGGUUGUUCUUCUAUCAUAGCAGAUCCUUCAUACUGCGUGUGCACUUUCGGAAGCGAUGGCGCAAAUGAAGCAGAAUUUAUGUUCUUUUAUAGGGUUGCAAAACAAGUUGUUGGCAAGCCACUCAUGACUUUGAUUCACCGCAAGUACCCAGGUUUUACAAGUGCGCUUGAUCUUGCUCAGAUAGGAGGUUCUGAUGUAGGUUUGCCUGUUGAAAUUUCCCGCCUUGUUACCCAGAAGUAUAGGCUGGUCGUUUCUAUCUCCAACAAGAGUUUUCAGCCUGCAAGCACCCAGCUGUCCUUCCAAGUUGGCAGAAUUGAUGAAACCUUUAAGCCUGACCUUGUACCCUUUGCAUCUGCUGGUGCAUCAUCUGCCUCUGGAGCAUCGUCUUCUGCUGAGGGCUCAGACAUGACAGUGCCCAUUCCCACCUCUUUCUCUAUAGGAUCGUCUACACUCGUUGUGCUACUUCUCGAUGAGAUGAACACUCCUAUAUCUGCAUUCAAAGGAAAAGGACAUGCUAUUGUGCCUAAAACACCCAGCCGGUCCCCAUGCCCAAAAAGUGCUCCCCGCAAGCUUUUUAUUGGUCCCCCUAAGUCUAAGGGCACUGAACUACCUGCCUCCGUUAGCAACGUUACUGCCCAGGCUGGAAAGGUUGUCGCAGUUACCCAAACUGAAGAGAUUGCCGCCGCUGGAAAUGUUGUUCAGCCUACACCCAUGCCAACUGUUGGACAGGAGACUGAAACCACAACUGCUGAGGAUCCAAAGAUCAUCGUUCCUGACCCCUCUAAGGCCAAGAGGACAAACAACCCUAGCAAGGGUGCUGGCGUCCCAAAGAAACCGAAGCAGUAGUUCUUUCAUGGAGUGGUCGUUCCAUGCUGUAAUCUAAAUAUGUACAUACGGGUUUCUUCUAUGUUCUGCUUGCUUAUCAAGUAAAGUCUACGAUGGACGGAUGUCGUGCUGAACAGACCUUCUCAACUGUACUGCAUCACAGCAGCGGUUUGGCCAUCGGGUUUGAAGAUCGUCGACUCAGUGCGCUUUUGGGCAUGCACUGGAUUUACUUUUGUGCGGCUUUAUAAGACAGGGCUUUGACACCUGUAGAAUUGUGUCAAACCACUGUCAUGGCAACUCCUUUAUUUACGUCCUCGAACAAAGCAUCAUGCGUUGUAAAUAUCGCCGUUAGCUCUUCCUGUCUGAACUCCUUGUGACAACUAUCCACUGUAAAUACCGCUGGAUCAUGCUGCUUGCUCUAAGUCCUCUUGUUGUUCUUA